AUGUUCUGGUCCUCAGUCUUGAAGAGCCUCCUUGCUGCCUGUGUUAUCAUGGAGUUUGCUGUGAUCUUUGUGGAGAGUUUCACUUGUGCAAGUUCUUUAUGUGUAAACGGAGACUGUCAGAUCUCUGCUACAUGCGAGACCUCUAAAGGCUGCUUCAACCAAACACAGGAACUUAACAUGCCAGAGCCGUCCAGAAACCUAAUUUUCCAUCAGCAAGGCUGUUCUCCAGAUGAAUGUACUGAACUGACAUUCUCGGCGACACUGGGGGACCAACGGACAUUUAGAUAUGACCAGCGAUGCUAUGCUGCUGAUACAUACAACCAAGCAGACACGCAAUCAUCUCAGGUGCCUGCAGAAACCAAUGGUGUUCAGUGUCUUGCCUGUUAUAUGGAGGCAGGCAUGCUGUGUAUUCCAACUCUGCUAGAGUGCACGGGGAACGAGACGAAGUGUGUUUCAUUUAUUGGCACAGAUGCUGGAAGCAACAGUCCCCCUUCGGUAGUAAUGAUUGGAGCGGGCUGUGGGACAGAAAGCGCCUGCAACCUGAAUAUGACCAUUUUAAAAACCGUAAACAUCCAUUCCUUCUGCUCCAGCGGGUCUUCUUCACAUCCCAUCUGCUUGUUUAUGGGCGUCACCAUGUCCUGGUUCUUGGUCCUGAAGAGCCUCCUUGCUGGCUGCAUCAUCUCUCUCUUAUCUAUCAGCUCUGUGGAGAGUUAUGGUUGCAUAAGAAAAACAUGCUUUGGUGAACAAUGCAAUCAUGAGCCAAGCACGUGUGAAUCCUCUAAAGGUUGUUUCUCCCAACGGCAGGGAUUUGAAUUCCCAAUACCUCAAGCAAUUGAGCAGUCAGGCUGUUCUGAAGACAGCUGUACUGAGCUAGCAUUCUCCGCAACACUGGGGAGGUGUCGGACAUUUAGAUACGACCGUCGGUGCUGCUUCACUGACCAGUGUAACCAAGGGAGCAUUAAGGUGUCUCCAUUAUCUUCAGACCCCAAUGGUGUUGAAUGUCCUGCCUGCUUCAGUGACCGUGGCAGAUGUAGCCCAGUUUCCCUAAAGUGCACGGGGGAGGAGACGAUGUGUGUUGAGGUUACUGGCAGAGCAGGAACAAGAAACCAAUACCCUGUCAAGAUACACAGCAUGGGUUGUGCAACCAGGACUGCCUGCAACCUGAGGAACAUGACCAUCUUGGAUGAUAUUCAGAUCAGUACCUCCUGUGUCAGCGGGAGCCCGGUGCUCAGGCCUAUCUUAUCUGUUCUGACAAGUCUUUUCCUAAUGAAAGCCUUGCUUUGAUCCUUUGGGGACUGACACUCCCAUGAUCCUUCAAACACAUCAACAACCUUUUGUGACUCCUUUACCCACCAGAAGAGAAAUAAAAACCAAUGGUUGUUUGUACUUUA